AUGGACGACGUUCGGCACGCGCGCUUGUUUCAGAGGACCUUCGAGCGACGCAAGCGGCGGCAGGCGGACGUCAAGGCGUCCCGGCCCGCCGCGGCCAAAGAGAAUGUCGCGGCGGCCACUCUGAAGCCGCAAAAGGCACGAAAGCGGGCAAAGAAGACCGCGGGCGCCAGGGCGAUCGCGCCGCCGCAGGUCGAGGAGGAGCAGGCCGAGCUGCCGGCACGGAUACGCAGCCAGGUGGAGUACUUCGCCCGCCUCGACCGCACCGUCCUCGAGACCGACGCCGACGUGGAGCCUGCGGAGCAGCAGCAGCGAGUCGGCCAGCCAGCCGUCCCCACGCCGCCGCCGCCGGUGGCGGUGGCGCAGGCCCCCGCCGAGGCAGAGCGGGAUCCCCUCUCGGACCCCUCGGCUGCCGCAGACGCCGCCGAGGUGAGCAGCCAGGUCUCUGCCACCGAGUCGGCGUCUCCUGCAGAGGGUGCUGUGUCUCUUGCUGUGGCGCGAGGCGACAGCUUCCGCCUGGCGGACGCGGCCUCGGUCGACCGGGCGAUGGCGCGCGAGUUGCCGGCCGGGUAUCGGUUUGAGGAGUGUCGCGAGUGGGGCCACCCGGGCCUCGCGGCGCUGAUGGCGCAGUUCGCGGAGGAGGACCCGAACCGGAUCGGUCCCUCCUCGGCUGGGCAGCACGUCCUCCUCCUCCUGCGCGGCACCGAGGCCGUCGGGUACGCCUACGGCACCCGCCACCACGCAGGCAAGCUGGACAGCCCCGGGCUCGGGCUCGGCCGCAAGCUGCUGCUGCGCUGGCUGGGAGGCAAGCACCUCGCAGGCCACGACGAGCGGGACGGCUGCGGGCAGAGCGUGGGCUACUACCUGCUGAAGCAGCCGGAGUAG